UAUAUGUGUAUGUGUGUUUAUGUGUCGACUCUGAGAACCACUGCGUGCUACACGAUAAUACAAAAGUGCAAAGUAUAAUCUUGAUGAGAGGGAUAUUUACGUCACCUUGGUCAAUUUGUGUAGUAGUGCGAAAGUCGCAACACAUAUGCAUGUAUGCGGCACAGGCUGUAAUCGACGGCAUUACACGAAUCACAGGCCGUAGAGCAAUUUUGGAGCGCGCGAGCGUGACUUCGUUUCGCUGUUACUUCCUGGCUGUCUCUGCCUGCCUACAUUUCUAUCAGAAUUUCAACGGUUCUUAAUUAUAUUAUUACUGGUACGAACGGGUAUUCUACUUAAAGGUGAAGUCGAGGAAACAUUUCAUUGUCACUCUUCGCGUCGAAUCGCUAUCGUUAUUAUUUAUCGUGAUAACGACGACGACAACCGCCACGACAUGAGCACCAGAUUUACCGGGAUAAAACUGGGACCUCCCAUCGAAGUUUUCGCGCUGCAAAAAGCAUUUGUCGACGAUACUCACGAGAAUAAAGUUAAUCUUACCAUAGGAGGAUGGUUAUGUAAUAGAUAGUACCACACAUGUAUAUCUACAUAUUCACACACUCACCACACAGGUCUCUUUUAUGUGAUUAUUUUAAGGAAGUAAUAAAUAAACCAGUGUGGGAGUAAUGGAAUGUCUGCUACAAAGUAGCUCUAAGAAAAUUCCUUUCGUUUGUAUCAUCUUACCGUACCAGCGAGGGUAAACCAUGGGUCCUACCAGUUGUAAAAAAAGUAGAAAGGUCACUGGCUACCGAUGACUUACAGAACCAUGAAUAUUUGCCAGUCCUUGGCUUAGAUGCAUUUAGUGAGGCUGCUACGAGUAUGUUAUUGGGUGCAAACUCUCCUGUUAUUGCCCAAGGGCGUGCCUUCAGUAUUCAAUCACUCUCUGGCACAGGGGCACUGCGUGUCACCGCAGAAUUUUUGAGCCAUGUUCUACAAUAUGAUACUUUUUACUAUAGCAAGCCUUCCUGGGAUUUUGUGUUGGCAGAAAACCAUAGACUGGUAUUUACUAACGGAGGAUUUAAACACGCUUGCGAGUACACAUAUUGGGACGAGAAGACGCGCAGCAUCGACUUGGAGGGUAUGCUGGACGAUCUGAGAAAUGCUCCAGAGAAUGCUGUGAUCAUUUUGCACGCAUGCGCGCAUAAUCCCACCGGAUGCGAUCCGACUCCGGAGCAAUGGGCUAAGAUAGCUGACGUGAUUGAAGAGAAACGGCUCUUCCCAUUGUUCGACAGCGCGUACCAAGGCUUCGCGAGCGGCGACUUGGACAAAGACGCGUACGCUGUACGAAUGUUCGCCGAGCGUGGGAUCGAACUCAUCUGCACGCAGAGCUUCGCCAAGAACUUCGGAUUGUACAACGAAAGAGUCGGUAACAUAGUCUUUGUAUUGAAUGACACGAAGGAACUGGUGCAAGCUAAGUCGCAAUUAACGUUAAUCGUCCGAGGAAUGUACAGCAACCCUCCCAAUCACGGCGCGCGAAUCGUCGCGACGGUGCUGAGAAACUCAGAGUUUUUUGAGGAAUGGAGAGAGCAUAUCAGAACGAUGUCCAGUAGAAUCAAACAAAUGAGAGUAGGUUUGCAUCACAGACUGCUUAAAUUAGGCACUCCUGGUGUUUGGGAUCAUAUUGUUCAGCAGAUUGGGAUGUUCUCAUAUACAGGACUCACUGAGAGGCAAGUGCAGCAUUUGAGAGACAAUUAUCACAUCUAUACACUACGCAGCGGCCGUAUAAAUAUGUGCGGACUCAACGAAUCUAAUUUGGACUAUGUGGCUAAUGCAAUUCACGAAACGGUAAUGCUAUUGCCGGAAACGCGGGCCGAUUGUAUAUGUUAAAAUAAGACGCUCGGACCUCAAUAUCGUGUUAUAAGUACAAAGAAAUGAUCAAGUCUUGUCAUUGAAAAAAAUAUAGCAAUAUUUUAUAUAUGACCAAAUUCAGGCUAGUCAGGGAAACAAUUAUUUUUGGACAAUAUUGAAAUCCGUUACACGAAAUUGUAUAUUCUGCCUUCAUAUUCGAUACAAUAAGCCUUCCUGUAAGUUCCUCUUUUUAAGGACUUACUAAAAUCAAGAAAAAGUAAGUCUUGAUCCCUCCACUAAUAAGUUGUUCUUUUCCUUUUGUUUCGAAAUUUCAAGGGGCAAAAGUACAAAGUAUGACAAGAUGCCAAAUUUUUACUAUAUAUUAAUUACGUCACUUUAUCGUGAUUUUUUUUAUAUAUAGUGUGAUUUACCACUAAAAGUUUAUUAACAGUUACUAACUUCAAAUACUGUGGAAAUAGUUGAAUAUUUACAAAAAAUAUACAUAUAAAAUCUGAAACAUGUACGCAGAUACAAUUUGAUUAAUGCUAGAAAAAUUUUAUCCAAAGAUUUUAUACUUCAAAAUAUUUUACUAUAUAUUUUCCAUCAUAGAUUAUGCAGUUGAAUAAUGUGUAAAUAACUCUUUCUAAAAAGGUAUAACACGAUUAUUGUAAAGGUAACCUGUAUUUUUCCACAUACUUGAAUAACUUUUAUUCUUAGUUUAAUGAUUACAUCUCUCUUAUCAUGGGGUAUAAGUAUAAAUUUAUUUGUAUUAAAUUUAAAAGUCUCUUAUCGUAAUUAUAAUAUUGGAAUUAUAUGAUAUCAUGUUAGGAUAUCAUUUGUUUGUUGUUAUGAAUUGAUGUGAUAAUAUUAUUUAAUUUCAUAUUUAUCUUUCGGCAUGUACAUGAAAAAAGAUUAGGAUUUUGUUGUUUCAUGUUGUCGAUUUUUGAAAAGGCCAAAAAUGCAAGGUGCUAGUAAAUAUUAAAAAUUCGUGUUGGUGCUAUAGAAUCUAGUAAAAGAAUUAUGACUUAUUAAUAUUCACUGCUCUCUCCAAUAUUCAUCCAGUGUGCUUCCUCAAUUAUUUUGAUAAUGCAUAUGUGAGAGCUAGAAUUGUAUAUAUCAUUAAAAUUUUAUUGCAACAAAUAUUUUGAUAAAUAUAAGUUGAGUACUAAAAAACUUAAAUAUGUGGAAAAUAUCACAUUAUAUCACAAAAUAUACAUUAUAAGUAUAUGCAUGAUAAAGCAGUUAAUAAUGUAUGAACAUAUAUUUGUGGUAAUAAUUUUGCUGAAAUCAGGACCAAUACUUCUAUUAAUCUCAACCAAGAUUUACAGAAAAUAGAUGUGUGAUAAAAAUGAUUAAAAAGAAACAUUCUGUACUGCCAAUAUACAAAUUUUCAAUGGAAAAUUUGUAUAAAUUUAUAUAGAAACAGCUGCAUAUUAAUAUUUUGUAAAAGAAUCUAAAAUUCUCUGAAUUAUAGGGGUCCAUAUUUUAUGAGUUUAUAAUACACAUGUUAUAACCUGUAUUGAUUAAUAUCACAAUCUUUAUAAUGCAGUGUUACAUAGAAUAACAAUAUAAUUUUAGUUGAGAGUAUUGCUUUUAUUAUACAAUAUGUUAUUAGAUAUCAUAGAUUAUAUUUCAGCAAAUAAAAAUUUGAAUGAAAAGUC